AUGAACACAAUCAGAUCUACUUGGGUUGGAUGGGGCACUCUCUGUGUUGCCGGCGGUGGUGCCUAUUACUUUGCCAAACAGUCCAUCAAUGCCGACCGACAAUCCCGAUUCGAAGCUGAAAUGAAGCGCAAGGCCCAGAUGAAGGCCAUUGAAGAUGAUCACCGCCGUCGUCUACCUACCCCGAACUCAGCCGCCCCAAGCGACGACACCAACCUGACACCGAGUGUUGAGGCUUCGAGUGAUCCCGCCGCCACGCGUCAUGAGCCUCUGACAGAGAAUGACCGAGUUCUGGAGAAAAGCAAAUACGAAGCGGCAGCGCCGUUCCGACCGCCUAGUGGGAACAGAUUCAGCUAG